CAGGCUAAUCUUCCAGAAGACCAGAACGGGUGUGGAAGAAGAAGACCCGCGUGUGGAGGAACAUCUAAAGCCGGCAUUAAUUUACAGCUAGUCUACAUUUCCUGAUUCGUGAAUUUCACCUUUCCCAAAGCGUACUACGUCCGGACACCAGCUGUAGGCCUUGUCAAUAUUUUCUCAGGUUUCGAACAGAAGGUGACAAGGAGCUAGAAGAUGAUCAAUAUGCAACAGCAACCGGGACAACAGGCACCGAUUCCCCAAAGACAGCCUCCGCCUCCGCCUCCAGCAGUGUCAAUGCCGAAACCGAUCCUGCCGCCGGGUAGUGUUUGUACACCGGGCUUGGAGUACUUGUCACACCUGAACCAGCUGGUCAUCAAACAACGCGUAGAACUGGCUGAAGCUCUUCUCCACUUCGAGACGAGAAACAAAUACAUCGCUUGUAACAACCAGGGUCAGAACGUAUACUAUCUAGCUGAAGAGAGCGGGAUGUGUGUUCGGAACUGCAUGGAUGCAACUCGAUGCUUCGAAAUGUACGUGUGGGACACCCAGAACAGGAUUGUGAUGAGGUUUCUCCGGCCACUACGAUGGAGGAGCACCUACCAGUAUUGUUGUUGCUGUUGCCUUUUGCAGGAAAUCGAAGUGCAAGUGCCGCCGGAUCAAACGGUCGGUUUUGUGUUUGAAGAGUGUACCAUCUUCCGCACGUCGUACUCCAUCUGUGACAGAAGAAUGAAGCCACUGAUGCGAGUGCAAGGACCAUGGUUCACCUGCAGCACGCCAUGCGCCACGGACGUGAAGUUUUCCAUUAGGUCGCUGCACGACAUAGAGAUUGGUGUCAUCGCGAAGGAGUGGUCAGGACUUAUCAAGGAGGCGUUCACGGACGCGGACACAUUCAGCGUCACGUUCCCUGUUGAUAUGGACGUUGAUGUCAAAGCCUGCAUCCUUGGAUGCGCAAUCCUGAUCGACUAUAUGUAUUUUGAAAACACGACGGAUACUCCAAGAUAUCGAAGACGACUCAACCCCAUUUAAAUUCUGCCGUCAUCCUCGUGUUCUUCAUCGUCGAGAGAGGUCGCAAGCACUUUGACGCAGCGGCCACAGUGUAAAGACCGCUAUUUCGGCGUAAUGCCCUCCCUGGUUAAGAUGCUGCCAUAGAUGAUCGCGUGUGCUUCGACAUAGGACGUAAACUAAUUCUGGAGCCAUAA